AGUGGGUCAAGGCAGGAAAACCUCCUCCAAUCUGCUCAAUCAGAUGAGGAGAAAUCCACAAUUUCAAGAAAAUAUUUGGAGUCUCUCAGUUCUCUUGUUGGAGCUUCUCUGAAGAAUCCAGUAAAAUUGCAAAGUGCAGAAUACAAUUUGAGAUCAAGAGCUGGGAAUCAAAUCCUGAUUCAAUUAGAAAGUGCCAGUGCCUCCUUAUUACAAUACCUACGUUUUGGAGAAGAAGUCAAGCACUCUGAAGUCUCUCAUGAUUUGGUGCUGAGGAACCUCCCCAGGGAUGGAGUAUUUUUCAAGCUGGAUCAAACAGAAACUUCCUUUUCAAAUGGAAAUGCUUCAAUUCAAAUAAUGAGUGAUUGGAUCUUAGAUAAUGUGGAAAAUACUGAAAAGUCUAUCAAGAUAUCUUUCCAUGGGUUCAAGGACAUGCAAAAACUUCUGAAGCCAAAUGAAAAAUCUGCUGAUGGUAGAUCUCAGUCGCUCAACACACUUGUGAUGGGUGCUCAGCUGGCCACUAGUGGGAAGAAACAGUCCUCAAUGAUUUCCAAAGAUGCAGUGAAGAUGUCCUUCAAAGUAAUUCAGCCCUUCAUUGCCAAGGAUGAAGAAGAUUCCAUAAAUUGUGUGUUUUGGGACACUACUGAAGCAGCCUGGUCAUCCAGUGGAUGUCAAACAAUUGUGGUAGAUGAUGAAAAUGUGGACUGCUCUUGCAGUCAUCUGACCAAUUUUGCUGUGGGAAUAAACUUCGUUAGACUCCAACCUGAGCACAAAACCCUGCGGACCUGGUGGCUGAUAGCUGGGAAUGCAUUGUCAAUGUACACAUUGGUCAUGAGUGGAGCUGCAUAUGUUUUUGUCAAAACCCUGGGAGGAAACAUUUGGACCAAAGUUGUUAAUGUAAACCUUUGCUUAACUCUGCUCACUGCACAAGGACUCAUGCUGGGAAUUGAUGAGGUGGCUACUGAGAAAAGAUGUUUGGCAUUAGCUGUCCUGCUGCAUUAUUUCCAAAUGACCUCUGGUGCUUGGUUGCUCAUCAAGAGCUUCAACCUUCUGAGCUUCAAGAAGGUACAAUGCUGGUUGGAAGAUGAACAGACCAUGACGUUUGCCAUUCCAAUUGAGCUGAUUGCAGUGAUCGCCUUCCUCAUGUCAAUGAGCACACUCUUAUUUGCUCAAAUGGACAUGAAACAAAGCAGGAGAUUCCUCCGAAAGGCCCAAGAAAACACACGCGCAAAUGGCCAAGACUAUGGUGCAGUGAGGAACAUGAAGUUUUUGAGAAUUCACGCAGCAUCAUUGGCCAUUUUCACCCUCAUCCUGGGAUUAUCUUGGGCCUUGACAACAUCUUACACACUAUUCCCCUCACGUGGAACAGAGAUUUCUUCAGCCAUUGGAAAUGCCCUCCAGGGAAUGUUCAUGCUGCUGAUAGUUCUUUUCAGACUAGAAGCUGUGCCAUCGGAAGUAGAAUCAAAUUUGGCACAAGCAGUUAAUCCCGCACACGUCCCAAGGAUCAGCGAAGGACGGAUUUCUGUCAAUUUGCCAAGACUCAGACCAAUAAGUCCAACGGGAUAUUACCGAAUGUCAUGAAAUCUGAAUGAUUAAUAUUUUCCUGGAUGGUUCAAGGUUUGAAAUUCCAUCACCAACUUUGGAAUGAAUUUUUUGGAGAACUGCUGAUGGUUGACAUUUCAUAUGAAACUCCGUCCACGAAUGAUUUGUUUUUUUUUUCUUCUUUUGCGAUGCGGUACUGUGUGAUGAACAUGAUUUCAGUUGUUGCCAUGAAUGUGUGCUUAUCGCUGUUUGUGUAAGCUGUCAAGUACAAUUUGACAUUUUUAGCUUU